AAGAGUAGUGCUGCAUUGCAUCAAAAUUGGCGCCGGAGCUUUCACGGCCUUAGUGCCCAUCGCAAAGUCGGUAGCUGUUAGCUUGUAGUCCAACAUCCAUUGGAUAUAUAGAUCCAAAAAUCAAAAGUUCGUGCGCAUUAUAAAUUACAUAUCUGUGAACGAGCCCUUAUAGUUACUUUGCAUCACUUGGACUGGGAUACUCAUUGGAACUGGUCGAAUCGUUGGUUCCUCGAUGAUGAUCUUUGUUGUUACUGUUGCUGUUGUUGUUGCUGUUGUUAUUUGAUUGGUGCCACUUGCCCCGUUGUUGUAGUUACUGUUACCAUUGUUGUUGUCGCGCUAUUACUGUUACUAGAAGUUGAAGUUGAAGCUGAAGCUGAAGCCGUAGCUAAAUCGGUCAAUGGUAACGGGCUUGUAAGCAGGUGCAACUGCAACUGCCACCAAAACAAGUGCCACAAGAGCCGAGCGGAGACAGUGGAGAGCUAAGCAAUCAAAUCAUGUCACUAAAGAAGGAAACGCCCUCCGAUGUGAUGUUGCAUCUGGCAGCGUUGCGUGGCGAUGUUGUCGAGCUGCAACGUGUGCUCGACAGCGGCAAGGUGCAUGUGGACUGCAAAGAUGAGGACGGCACCACGCCCCUUAUUCUGGCGGCAGCUGGCGGACACAUCCAUUGCGUGCUGGAGCUGCUGGAGCAGGGCGCUGAUUUGAAUGCCCGCCGCUCGACGGGCACCACGGCCCUCUUCUUUGCCGCCCAGGGCGGCCAUUUGGAUGUGGUGCGAAUAUUGCUGAAGGCGCGCGCCAAAGUGGACACGCCCUCUCUGGACGGGGGCACGCCCCUCUUUGUGGCCGCCCAGGGCGGGCAUGUGAAGAUUAUCAGAGAACUGUUGGACUGCGGCGCCGAUGUGAAUGCCAGCAUGAAGGAUCGGGCCACGCCCGCUUUUAUUGCGGCUCAGAAUGGGCAUCGGACUGUGCUGUCGCUGCUGAUCCUGGCGCACGCAUCUAUGGACAUCAAGCGGAUCGAUGGUGCCACGCCGCUGUGGAUAGCUGCCCAGAUGGGGCACGAUCACAUCUGCAAGGUGCUGCUGCAGAAUGGCGCCAAUAUCGACACGGUGCGUUGUGAUGGCGCCACGCCUCUGUUUAAGGCCGCCCACAAGGGGCAUGCCUCCGUUGUGACCGUGCUACUCAAGUAUCGCCCCAAUUUGGGUAAGCUGCCCAACGGCGAGUCGGCGCUGCAUGCAUCGGCCAUGUUUGGUCACAUGACUGUCUGCAAGCAGCUGGUGGCCGCCGGCAGCGAUGUGCUGCUCAAGAAUCAGGACGGCCUGACUGCAAUGGAGCUGGCCCACCACGAGAACUACACCUCCAUCUGUGAAUAUCUGCGGGAGCGCAUGCGUGACGUCAUGCAGAGGAACAGCACCACGAUGGCCCUGGCCAAGCUGCGCCUGUCGGCGUAGAGUCCGCCAGAGAUCGGCUCGAAUGAAUGACCAAUCAAAUCCUACCCUUCCCCAUCAAAAGUACCUCCAAUAUGCACAACAAGUUUGUUUAUUUCCAUCACUUUCUCAAUUUACAAUUGUUAAACUGUGAAACAGAGUUCGAACUGCAAACGCAUUGCAUCCAUAAUUUGUCAGUCGUUUCGCGUAAAUAGGCUAUUUUGUAAAUUUCAUAAGCAUAUUUUAUAUAUAUUUAAGUAUUACGUUUGUGUUCCCCAACUGACAAUUGUUUAAUUUGACUUCAUUUUGAAUUGGUUGUUGAAAAAUUCUCCAUUUUUAAUUUAAGAAAUUCAAUAUUAUUGUCAGAUGAUCGGGGAAACUCGCUUAUCGCAUACACAUUUCACAACUGUUAACAAUUUAUUCAUAUUGUACAUACGUUUUUGAAUAGAUAUGGCCAAAUCGGAAUUAUCUAUUUAUUGUUAAGAACUCUGUGACACAAAAGUUGUUUUUUCAUUUUCUUGUAGAAUGCAAUCAGAGUAGCAAAUAGCAGAAAGCAGUAAAGAAAAAAGCAUCUUAUAUAUCCAAAAAUAUGCCCAAGCUGAGCAAGGGAUAUAUCACCUAUAUAUACAUAUAUAUAUACUUGGAUAUUAUAUCAUUACUAAAUAUGUAUUUAUUAACUUACAAUUGGAGCUUGUAUUUGAAUUUACGAUUACGAUUAACUGUAGUACUUACACACAUAUAUACAUACAUACAUAUAUAUAUGCUAUGAAAACUGUUAACAUGGACCCACUGUCGUCCUUCUGUAUAUACA